AGGGAGCUCUCACCUCUUUUCCAGAGGAGGUGCAAAAAACCCACAUCUCUCUCUCUCUCUCUCUCUCUAGCUUUUUCUCAUUACUAAAUUCUCCCAUUUCAAGCACAGGUUCACAAACUCAAAUCCCCUCCCCCCUCACACCACCAAAAAAAACAGAAAAAAAAAAAAGAGAAAAUUUUUGUUUUUGUUUUUUUGUUUUUUGUUUUUUAAAAAUUUUCUCAUAAUUUUUGUAGUGUUUUUGUUGCUAUUGUUAUAAGAAAUACGAUUUCAAAAUGGGAAUCGUGAAUCAAGAAGCAGUGAAGCAAUUUCAGCUGUUGUUGGAUGAAGUUGAGGAGCCGCUGAAGAACUCAUUUGAGAAUGUGCAUCAAGGGUAUGUACGGGAAACUUUGGCAAGGUUUCUGAAAGCAAGGGAUGGGAAUGUCCCAAAAGCUCAUAAAAUGUUGGUAGACUGCUUAAAUUGGAGGAUUCAGAAUGAAAUCGACAAUAUAUUGACGAAACCAAUCCUCCCUCCUAAUUUAUACAGAGCAGUGCGAGACUCACAGCUGACAGGUCUAUCCGGCUAUACAAAAGAGGGUCUUCCUGUCAUUGCUGUUGGUGUUGGGCAGAGCACAUUUGACAAGGCAUCUGUUCAUUAUUAUGUGCAGUCACACAUCCAAAUGAAUGAGUAUAGAGAUCGUGUUGUAUUGCCUGCUGCAACAAAGAAGCAUGGGCGAUACAUUGGCACCUGUGUGAAGGUUUUGGACAUGACUGGUUUAAAGCUUUCAGCGCUGAAUCAAAUAAAGCUGUUGACUGUGAUAUCGACAAUCGAUGAUCUGAAUUAUCCAGAGAAGACAGAUACAUACUACAUUGUUAAUGUCCCUUACAUAUUUUCAGCAUGUUGGAAGGUUGUAAAGCCUCUUUUGCAAGAAAGGACAAGGAGGAAAGUUCAAGUGCUACAAGGAUGUGGGAGAGAUGAGUUGCUGAAGAUAAUGGAUUAUGCAUCCCUCCCACAUUUUUGUAGAAGAGAAGGGUCAGGAUCAUCCCAUCAUUCCGAAAAUGGAACAACCGAUAAUUGUUUCUGCUUGGAUCAUGUGUUCCAUCAACACAUUUACAAUUACGUAAACCAGCAGGCAGCCCUUGUGGAGUCAGUAGGGCCAUGGAAACAAGGGUCAUUCCAUGUGGCCUUCCCUGAGCCAGACCCAGAAGGUAAAAAGAUUGCCAAGACCAUAGAAUCAGAGUUCCACAAGAUUGGAGAUCAUAAGAACGGCCUUUCCAACUCUAUGUCUAACCUUAAAGUCAAUGACGAUUGAAACUUUGAAUCUGCGGGAAAAAUAGAUAUGUAUACGAGAGUGAGAGAUCCCAGUGGUGAUGAGAAUCACUUUGAUGACAAGUAUGAGAUGAAGGGAGAGUGGGGUUGUAGUUUGUUUGUUUGCUUGCAUCAUCUCAAUGCAGCAAUGUUGGUAGGACGAAAGGUAAUUUGAUGUAACUUCUUAAUCUCAAUGUUACCACCAUUGAGUGGAUACUUAUAUCAUUCUUCCUC